UGAGGCUGCAAAAUGACAAUUACCUAUUUGCCCCUCUAAAUCCCCAAUCAAUAUCAGGGUUUUACCGGCUCCCACUCACAUGAAGCUUUCCGUUGUCAAUGGCGGACCAUGAAAUCAAUCUGCAAAUAGAAAAUGGAAAAGAAAGCGAUUACGGCGUGUUAUUGUACUACAAGUACGCAGCAAUUCCCGACCUUCAGAACCUCUUCGAUUUCUACCAUUCAAAUUGCACUUCCCUCUCCCUCCUCGGCCGCGUCCGCCUCUCCUCCACCGGAGUCAACGUCACCGUUGGCGGGAGAUUGAGGGCGUUGGAGAAACACAUUGAAGCAGUGAAAUCAAAUCCUUUGUUCGAAGGGACUGAUUUCAAGCUCGCUUCCUGCCUUGAGCCUGUGGAUAAUCAAGUCGCAAAAGAAUGUGGAUUCACUUCUCUCUCUAUCCGGAUUGUCAAGGAAUUGGUGACUUUAGGUUCUCAUCCCUUGUUGAAGUCCCCGGAGAUUUCAAAUGCUGGAAGGCAUCUCUCUGCAACUGAAUUUCAUUCCGUUCUUCAAAGUGCUGGGAAUGGUCAAGAAAAAAGUUCUGGUUCUGACAAAAAAAUGAUACUUUUAGAUGCAAGAAACUUGUAUGAGACAAGAAUCGGGAAGUUUGAUACUCCAGAUGUCAAAACUUUGGAUCCAGAAAUCAGACAGUAUAGUGACUUGCCGUUGUGGAUAGACAACAACUCUGAGCAAUUGAGAGGAAACAAUAUCCUUAUGUACUGUACUGGAGGAAUCAGAUGUGAGAUGGCGUCAGCUUAUAUCAGAUCUAAAGGUGCUGGUUUUGAAAAUGUUUUUCAGUUGUAUGGUGGAAUCCAAAGAUAUAUGGAACAAUUUCCCGAUGGUGGAUUUUUCAAAGGAAAGAAUUUUGUUUUUGACCAUAGGGUUUCAGUUGGGAGCUUCGAUACUAAUAUCUUGGGAACUUGCCUUCUCUGCGGUGCUUCAUUUGAUGAUUAUACUUCACGCUGCCGCUGUACUCACUGUAGGAUGCUUGUGUUGAUCUGUGAUAGUUGUCGGGAAAAGAAUUCUUCUUAUGUUUGUGAACUGUGCCAGAAAAGUGGCAAGCCAGUCGAGUCAGUUUCCUCCAUAGAUUAUAUGUCCGAAGAAGUACUGGAACCAGUAUCUAAUGAUCAUAGUUUUUACGUGGAUCAAGCCGCAGAAUCACCAUCUUCUUCAUGGACUAAAGGACAACAUACAGAUGUAGUAACUAAACCAAUCAGAAAGCUUCGAAUUUUAUGCUUGCAUGGCUUCCGGCAGAACGCGUCGAGUUUCAAAGGAAGAACAUCAUCAUUCGCCAAGAAACUCAAGAACAUGGCCGAGUUUGUGUUUAUCGAUGCACCGCACGAAUUACCAUUUAUUUACCAAAACCACACUUCCGAAACUCCCUUUCCAAACCGUUGCAAUAGAAAGUUUGCAUGGCUUGUUUCUUCAGACUACGAUGAUCGAAAGCAUGAUGCUGAUUGGUCGAUGGCUAAAGCCCCGUUCGACUCCCUCCAGUACCAGCAGCAAACCGAGGGAUUUGACAAGUCCAUCGAUUAUUUAAAGACUAUUUUUUCUCAACAAGGGCCCUUUGAUGGUAUAUUGGGAUUCUCACAAGGAGCUGCAAUGGCUGCUUUAGUUGGUGCAAAAAUGGAGAAGCUUAAAGGCGAGAUUGAUUUCCGAUUCGUGAUUUUGUGCUCCGGUUUUGCUGUUAAUAAUAUAGCAGACUAUGGCGAGGGUUCGAUUAACUGUCCAUCACUUCAUAUUUUCGGAAAUAAAGAAGGUAAAGAUAGACAGAUAAAUUGCGAAGCAAGUAAAAACGUUGCGUCAUUGUUUGAGAAGGGGUGUUCGGUUACUGUCGAACAUGACCUUGGUCAUAUAAUUCCGACGAGAUCUCCGUACAUAGACGAGAUCAAAGAUUUUCUUCGAAGAUUCAUGUAGUUGAAUUAUUGACUUUGCAGAAUUCGGGCUUAGUAGUUAAUUACCACCGAAAGCUGUAUUUUAGUUACGGUUUGUUGAUGACUGUAUUUUUCUUUUUCUUUUUUCUCUUUGGAGGGGUAAGAGUUCAUCAGAAAUCUCUUUUUCCAUUAUUGUGAGAUGUAUGAGUUGCUGUAAUGAGCAGUGGAUUUAUUGGCUUAUUUACGAAUUCUCUUUUUAGUUGUUUUUGGAGCUAACUGCGCUUGGAAUUA